GAAAGAUGUAAAUAAGGAAGAAACGUACCUGAUCACUGCCGCAUAUCUCUAAGAAGCUACCUAAUGUUUGCAAAGAAAUUUUGAACUAUUCAAUAUGUUGGUGCCAAUUUUCAAUCUAAAGAUCAACCACAAGGUUAACCCCCGUAUGGUUACCAUUGGAAAGUAUGAUGGCGUCCAGGCAUCCCUCACCUGUGCUACAACAGCAGGAAAGGUGCUGAUACACAAUCCCCACAAUCGUGGUUUAAAAGGAGGACGAUUGGACAUCACUUCAGAUGGAGAUAUCAACCUUCUAAGUGUCAAUCAACAAGUGUCAUCAGUGUCAGCUGGCCAGCUUGUCCCAGACAAGGAGAAUGACAUCCUAACAGUUGGCACACACACAAACCUGCUGGCAUAUGAUGUUGAUAAUAAUAGUGAUCUGUUUUACAAAGAUACCGCGGAUGGUUCAAAUUGUAUAGUUAUUGGUCGACUUGGCGCUAUAGAAGACCCCAUGGCCAUUGUUGGAGGAAACUGUACAUUACAGGGCUACGACAUGGAGGGCAAUGAUAUAUUCUGGACGGUGACAGGUGACAAUGUGUGUUCUCUAGCAUUGGUAGACUUCAGCAGCGAUGGACAAAAUGAGCUUGUGGUUGGCUCAGAAGAUUUUGACAUCCGUGUCUUUCGUGAGGAUGAGAUUUUGGCUGAAAUGACAGAAACUGAGGCCAUCACUUGUUUGUGCCCAAUGAUGGACAGUCGGUUUGGAUACACAUUGGCGAAUGGCACAGUGGGCGUGUAUGACAGGUCCUCGCGCUACUGGAGGAUCAAAUCUAAGAACCAGGCCCUUGCUAUCCACAGUUUUGAUCUUGACUCUGAUGGGGUGUCUGAAUUGAUUACAGGUUGGAGCAAUGGCAAGAUUGAUGUACGGAGUGACAGGACAGGGGAGGUAAUCUACAAAGACACAUUCAAUCACCCAGUUGCAGGCAUCGUACAGGGUGACUACCGUCUUGAUGGCUCACAACAGCUGAUAUGUGUAUCUGCUGAAGGAGAAGUAAAGGGAUACAACCCAGCCCCAAUAGAGAUGAGAGGUAACCUGAUGGAUGCUAACAUGGAACAGGAAACAAUUCGUGACCUUAGUCUACGUAAACAGAACCUGAUGAUGGAGCUGAAGAACUAUGAUGAGAACACAAAAGCUGGAGCUGUGGCAGCAACUGCUUUGGCGUCAAAUGCUGCAUCUCGAGGCUACAGCAGCAGUAGUGGUGGAGGGAUGGGAGGAGGAGGUGGUGGCAUGGGAGGAUCAGGACCUGGUGGAAUGGGUGCAGCUGGAGCAGGAGCUGGAGGUGGCAUGGGUGGAGCAGGGGGCGGCAAAGGCGGAGCUGGGGGUGGCAUGGGUGGAGCGGGGGGUGGCACAGGUGGUGCUGGAGGUGUUGGAGGACCAGAUGGGGUUGAUGCAGAUGGCCAUGGAGGACAAGGAGGUCUUGGAGAAGGUGGCCCUGGAGGUGGGGGAGGUUUGGGAGGGGAUAGAGGUGUUGGAAGUGUUGCAGCCAGGUUCUCAGCUGAAAGACCUUUUCCUCCUGGAGAAUAUGAUGCCCAAAAGAUGGGAGUUAUUCCUGCUGCCACUCAACUACAAACAACACUGAGGGUAAACACAGGAGAAGAGGGAAAACCACCUCAUGUGGAAUUAUUCAUAGGGACAACAAAUGACACGGCCAUUAAAGCAGUAUUGAUAUUUGCUGAAGGAAUAUUUGAAGGAGAAAGUCAUGUAAUACAUCCUGCGCCUGCUCAACUGUCCAAUAACUUGAAGGUAUCAAUCCAGCCUCCCAAAGAUGUACCGGUCGACCUUCACAUAAAAGCUUUUGUUGGCUACAAGUCCAGUAUCCAGUUUCAUGUAUUUGAACUGACACGCCAGCUGCCACGAUUUUCCAUGUACACACCGAUCAAGAACAACCCAGAACAAGAACCGAAGAGUUCCUGUGUGUUCACGGUUAACGACCGAGUGGCCAGGGUGUUGCUGUGGAUCAACCAGAACUUCCUGUUACAAGACGACUUAGUCUGUGAGGGGUCAAACCUCCACUUCAGCUUCCUGUCUCUGAGGGGGUCAGGUCCCUUGGUUUUCAAGAUGGAAGCUUCUGGCCAGGUGACCUUGUUGACAGAUGACAUGGACACUGCUGGAGAUGUGAUACAGAACUUGGCUAACUUUCUAAAUAUGGAAGACUUACAGGUGACUGCCGACUUCCCAGCUGAGAUAGAAAACCUGAAGGAGGUUCUGUUGAAGGUGGAUGAGUAUAAUGUAGUGAGGCAGAAACUGACCGCUGAGAUGGCUGACCACUCCAACCUUAUCCGGAGCAUGGUGGUACGAGCAGAGGAUGCCAGGUUGAUGGGUGACAUGAAGAAUAUGCGGAAGGGAUACAUGGAAUUGUUCAAUAUGAACCGAGACCUCAUCAAUGGCUACAAGAUUCGAUGUGGGAAUCACCAGGAACUUCUGGCUUCACUCAAACAGGUCAACCAGGUCAUACAGAAGGCUGGACGACUCAGGGUGGGGCGAUACAAGACACAGGUUGUAAAUGCCUGCAGAGGAGCGAUCAAAAGCAAUAACGUCAGCUCACUGUUCAAAAUCAUCAAGACGGGAGCAUCAUGAUAGUGGUAGAACAGACUUAAUACACUGCAUUCCGUCCUUUGAUAUGUGCAUAAUUUAUUAAGACAUGAUGAAUUACAUCAUCACCACAGAUUAUGGUCUUUGAAACCAACUAUGUCUGUGAAGCCUACAUAUGUAAGAGACAUUGCAAUUUUGCCUUUCACACAAACAUAUAAUGUAUAUAAAGUACUGAAAAGGGUUUUAAUUUUCGCUAUUUUUGACGGAUGGCAUAAAAUCCCAUGAUAAAACAGACAUCUUGAAAAUAUAAUUGAUAAAGGAACCAUAGUCUGUUUCAAAACUUAUGUGUUUUGUUUCAAGAUUUUAGUAAAACUUUGAAAACUUUAACCCUCCAAAAAGCAACUUGUACACCAUCUCAUGGUAGUGUUGAUUAGUGUAAGUUGGUUCUUUGUUAUUACUGUAAAAUCAUUGCUUUUUGUGAGGGAUUCAUUUGCUUGGAUUUUAAUUCAUUAAUUUAUAAGUUAACAAUCUUUAAAAAAAAAGUAAGUUUCAGUAGCUUAAUUUAGCUUCAUAUAUCAAAGCAGUCAAGUGCCCACAAUUUUUUUUUUAAACCAUGAAAAUUGAUCCCCACAAACAUUUGUAUUUCCCAUUUAAAGGAUAAAAACAAUUUAUACAAAACUGUUUUUGUACAUGAAAUAGUCAUCAGCCAAUGUUUACUGAUGAAUCAAGAUGUAAAAGGUUUAACAGUAUUCAUGUACAGCUGUGGUAGGUAAGCACGGGGUGAGGGUUCAAUGCUAUAAUCAGUGUUUUCCAUUCAGAGAAUGUACAUUUUGUAGGAACUAGUAUCAGACACUGGUGUGUAAGGAGAUAAGAUCUCGACUCAUGUCAGAAUCCUGAUUCCCUACAAUGUACAAUAUUUAGGGACCAGUAUCAGAUGCAGUAUCAGAUGCUGGUGUGUGAGCUUGACUCAGAAUCAGGUAGUUUUUCCUAUACAAUGUACAAUAUUUAGGGACCAGUAUCAGAUGCUGAUGUGAGCUCGACUCAGAAUCAGGUAGUGUUUUCAAAGAAAUUUUCAAAAGUCUUAAGCCGAAUCUAAGUUCUCUUGAGUGAUUUACAUUGUUUGAAAGUUCAUAAGAUAUAUCUGAUACCAGACUGACCAGAAGAUAAAAGAAAAAAUUGACCUUGUAUGAUAGUUAUGACUGUAGUUCAGACUUAAAACCAGACUAUAUAUGGAAGUGAAAGUGUGUAUACCCAGUUAUCUGUACUACAGUAUAAUGGCUCAUAUUGAAGCACUGUAAUGUUUAAUUUCAUAUAUGUUACUUGUUGUGUGAGAGAAAGUCACUAAGAAAUUUGGUACAUGAAUGUCAACUGAUGUGUUUCAAAAGUGAGAACAAUGUCAGGCCCCAAUGUUUGUGGAUAUGCAUGAAAGGUAAUAGUAACAUUUGCCAAUUCCGUCAGUAAUUUGUUUUGGGGUGGACAAUUAAAGAUGAUAUCCAAUAAUUGGAGGGUCUAAUCUUUAGUACAAAAGGUGUUUCUUCUGAUUUAUUUAUCUUGUUGAUGGAUGUAAUUACACUGUCGUAAUUGUCGGUGUAUAUUGUACUGUGAUACUGUAAUAUAAUACAAGGAAGUAAAAUUCUU